AUGUCCGAAAAAGACAUUCAUCCAAAUAAUUUCAGCGAACUUCGAAGUAUCUGUAAACACUACAUUGAUUCAUAUAAUGCGUUGUAUCAGCUGAAAACGGAAAGAGAAGAAGAAUUAAAAGACAUUUACAAACAGAUCAAAACAGAAUUGAUUGAUUCAAAGAAAUACUCAUCCAAAAAGAUUAUUGAAGACAUAUUAUUUAUCAUUCCGUUUAAUAACCGCUAUACAAAGUCAUAUUUAUCUCUUGUCAAACUCAUAUCUGAUGAUUAUCAUGUGGAAGAAGUCAACCAUGUUGAAUGUAUUUCUAACUUCUUGUUUUAUAAAGAAUAUGGAAUUAAAUUAGACAAAUCUGAUGAUUUUGAAAAAAAUUAA